AUAUUUGUAACGCUCUAGAAUAGAUCACGCGACCCUACUCUGAAAUAGGAAACCAGAAGUUGUUCGACCUGCCUGUCCUCGCCUCCUUUGUUCUGACGUACAAAAAGUGCGACUUGUAGCGACAAUUUAGGGGCAGCAUCUAAGAAUGGGUACCCAAGUUAAAGAUGUUGUUAUAAAACCUGAUGUUCCAGCUACACUGCUGCUGGAGAAGCAUGCAGACUACAUAGCAGCUUAUGGAUCGAAGAAGGAUGAUUACGAAUAUACCAUGUCAGAAUAUUUGCGAAUGAGUGGCAUCUAUUGGGGUUUAACAGUCAUGGAUCUUAUGGGGCAUCUCCAUCGAAUGGAUAAGGAAGAAAUCACUGAAUUCAUCAAGGCUUGCCAGCAUGACUGUGGUGGGAUCAGUGCUAGCAUAGGACACGAUCCUCACUUGCUUUAUACUCUUAGUGCCGUGCAGAUUCUUAGUUUAUAUGACAGUCUCAGUGCUAUAGAUGUAGGUAAAGUUGUUGAAUAUGUGAAGGGACUGCAACAAGAAGAUGGAUCCUUUGCUGGGGACAAAUGGGGUGAAAUAGACACAAGGUUCUCUUUCUGUGCAGUAGCAACACUUGCUUUGCUGGGAAAACUGGAUGCUAUUAAUGUUGAGAAAGCUGUAGAGUUUGUCUUGUCCUGUAUGAACUUUGAUGGAGGGUUUGGCUGCAGACCAGGCUCCGAAUCUCAUGCAGGGCAGAUUUACUGCUGUACGGGAUUUUUAUCUAUAACAGGCCAGCUGCACCAAAUAAAAGCAGACUUGCUUGGUUGGUGGCUGUGUGAAAGACAGCUACCAUCUGGAGGGCUGAAUGGGAGGCCAGAGAAGUUACCAGAUGUUUGUUAUUCAUGGUGGGUGCUUGCUUCAUUGAAAAUUAUUGGAAGAAUCCACUGGAUUGACAAAAACAAACUAAGCAGAUUUAUCUUGGCCUGCCAGGAUGAGGAGACUGGGGGGUUUGCUGACAGGCCUGGAGAUAUGGUGGAUCCUUUUCAUACCCUGUUUGGAAUUGCUGGGCUAUCACUGAUGGGAGAGGAACAGAUCAAAGAAGUGAACCCAGUGUUUUGUAUGCCAGAGGAGGUCCUCAAGAGAAUCAAUGUGCAUCCUGAGGUUUUAAGCUAGGACAGUGCUCAGAUUGUUACUGUUACCUUUCAUACCGAAAAGGAUAUUGUGAAUGAGAAACUUCAGAUACCAAAAUUGUCAGUCUGAAAACUGGAAAACAUAUUUACCAUUGAAUUAUUAAUUGAAUUUUGGAUCUUCCAAUUAGGUAACAAACAACAUUGCACACCUCUGUACAGGGCCACUCAAAACUGCAGAUCUGUUAACCAGAUUUAUGUAUUUAUUAUUUAGUGUAGGAAUCUUAAUUGGUCAUCCUAAGGUCACCUUUCUAUAAAGAUAUGUAGCGCUGAAAUAGUUAAAUGUUUACUGCUGUGAACAAAUCACUUUAUUUGUGGUAUUCUGACAUGUAAUAAAAGCAGGAGAUAGCUUUUAAAUUAUUUUGCUGUAUUGAUCAAUUUAUCAAAUUAAAAGGAGCAGAUUUAAGAAGGUUCUAGUUUCAUAGUUCUGAUUAUACACUAUUUGCAUUCUGAAACUUGAAUACACCCUGUGUACACUGUAUCAUGAGGACAUGUCUUCACUGUAUGUUGUUGAACUCUGGAUGAUAGAAAAACUGGUUCUUUUGUUGUAUGUUUUGAAACCCCAGUGUGAUUCCUUUGUUCACGAUUCAGGUGAAUUCAAGCAAUGAAAUGAAAAGAGUACAACGCUUCUGUAUCUCUGAAGAAUUUCAAACUAUAGCAGCCUUCGAAAGAGUGAUAGCCAAGCUUUGCAACCAGUUGUAUUCUCUUAUUACAAGAAAAGAGGGAACAAUGUAAUAAAAGUUAAGGAAACUGAUCCUUGCUUAUCCCUCAACUCGUUAGCUUUGAAUCUGACCAUUAUAGAAUCCUAGUGGAAAUGUAUCAUUUUGUUGUGUUUUGUCUUGAUUGUGUCUUUUUUUUUUUUUUCUUUUUUGUGUUGUAACUUGCCACCAUGUGCCCCAGGAACUAUCACUACACCCUGGUUUAAUCUGUGGAAUAAAUGAAUACUAAUCAACCCCCCUACACAUUGUUAGUGAGGAAAUCGUUUGAAUACAGUGGCACAGGCUAGUUGGCAGACACCACUGAAUGGUUUCGCUAGAAUAGUUCAAUAUCAGUUCAGCACUGAUGUUUGACUAACGGUAGCCACUUAAGAGUCAGAUAGUGUUUUUAUAGAAAGGAAACUUGUAUCUUCCUUUCUUGAUACAGUAUACUGGUUGAAGUAGCUAGAGAUUGUAAAUGGGGUUAUACAGCAGUAUUCUGUACACAUUGUUUAGUUUGUUUUUUUAGCAAUCGGGAAAGGUUUUUAUUUACAAUGAGUAAUUUCACCAGUGCUUUGAAAAUAUGUUAUGGAUUAGCCAGACUGAUUUUCAGAUUGUCAGUAUCAUGUCUGAUUAAUUAAUAAAUAGAUAUCAUUCCA